CACGCUCUUGCUCUUCUUCUUCCUUGCAUGCAUCUGAAACUUCAAACUUGAAACUAAACACUGACAAUGGCGGAAGACUAUGGCUUCGCUCAAGAUGAAAUGGCAGUCAACGAGAACCUUGGGUACCCAAAAGCCUACGCAAAACUCUGCCGUGACCAAAAUUUCAGUCCCUACAGUCAUGGCCCUCCCUUCACUUUCACCCCUUAUGCUUUGCACGAACACGAGGAUGAGAGAGCAAGUGUUUUGGAUCAGAUGUUUCCGUUGAUUGAUCCAAAAGCUAAGCCAACUACGAAGCCGAAAAUCUUUGUUGGUAUCUUGUGGAAGCAGCUCAACCAUCUUGGGAAUGCUGGCUUUGAUCCUGCGGUGAUUCGAGUAGAUGGAUAUGGGAAUGUUUUGUAUUAUCAUGCGGAUUCAGCUUCUCCUCUUGCUUGGGACAUUGAUCAUUGGUUUCCUUGUUCAAGGGGAGGCUUGACUGUUUUGAGCAAUCUAAGGAUUUUACAGCGGCAAGCCUGUAAAAGGAAGAAAAAUAAACUGGAAUUCUUAGUGCCAUGGUGGGAUUUUCAAUUGGGUAUCUCUGUGAACCAGUUCCUGUCUAUUUUCGCUUCUUCAAACUCUGACUUCAGGCACAGAGGCUUUUCAUUUUUGUUCUCUGAAGGAGAAAAUCAUGAAUUGAAUGCUUCACAAAUAGUGGAUUCUCAUUCUUUUCCACAGCACUUCAUUGGCUUGAAACAAGAAGUUGGCCUUGCUCCAGCUGCAAUAGUAGAAUCGCGAAGGGACCCUUAUGAUGCAUUGGCUUUAAGACAACUUGAUCAUAAUAGGAGGCAAAGGCCUAUGUCUCCUGCAAUAGUAGCUGCAAGAAGAAGUAAUGGCAAUCUUCUGAAAGAAAAUGAAGAUCCAGGGUUUGCUAAAAACCCCUACCAAGCCAUUGUCAUGGCCAGAGAUUCCCUAAAGCAAAGAGAAGAAACUUCCAAAAUGCAGGCAGAAAUGCAGAAGCUAGAUCAUGAAGUGUAUGAAAUGAAGCUCAAAAAUGAAGAAGAGAAGCUCACUAUUCAAGACCUGGAAUUGGCGCUCAUAAAACGUAGGAGGAAGGCAGAAAAAUGCAGACGAUUAGCGGAGGCUCAAUCUUCUUACAGAACCAUGCUGGAGAAGAUGAUUAGAGACACUAUGCACCAGAGUGUCAUUUAUAAGGAACAGGUAAGAUUGAACCAGGCUGCAGCUAAUGCACUGAUGGCUAGACUUGAAGCACAAAGAGAAAUCUGUGAUAAUGCAGAGAAAGAUCUUCACAAGAAGUAUAGGCAAAGAGAUGAUAUAGAGAAACAGAUUAGACCUGAAUGGGAACAAGGAAGGAAGAGGUCAAGAAUAGAUUAUUCCACUUGUGAAGAAAGAGACAGUAAACCUGUUCUCUAUCUGCCGUCAAUCAGGCCAAGGACAUCUUUGCACAAGGAGCUCAGGGUGUUUUUGGAGGAGGAACAAAAGGCGUCUGAAGUUGGCUUAUCAUCGGAAAAUGAAGAGCAAAGGCUUGAGGAGCUGAAAAUACCAGCUAAUAAUGACAACGACACAGAAGAAAAGCUUGAGGAGCUGAAAAUGUCGACUAAUAAUGAUUACACAGAAGAAAAGCUUGAUGAGGAGCAGCAUACUAGAGCACAUGUUGCCUUGGAUGAAGAAAGUUCAAUUGAACACAGACUUCAGAAGCUAGAAAUCAAUGAAAGCAAGAGACAUUAUGGCACUUCAUUCGCAGAUCUUCAUGAGUCCAAAACUGAGGAAGAUGAAGAAACCAGGAAGCAACGUGGCAAAGGGAAUAUUGAAAAAUGGCUUGAAAUGCUUUUGGAGAAUAGUAAAAAAGAUGAAAUGGAUCCUCAAGAAGCCAAUGAAAAUGCUUCUUCUAGGACUGAGGAAAUAAUACAAAAAUUGAAUCAGAAGUUCCCACAGCAGGAGCUGAAGAUCUCAAAAGUUUCAGAUUCUGAUUAUAAAGAGAAACAGCUGCACCUUCCUCAAGAUAAGAACAGUUGGGAAGAGAAUGAGGGUAGAGUAGAAAAUGAAGCAAUAAGUGUUAUGCCUGCGAGAUAUAAAAAUUACUCUGAAGAAGCUUGCACAGGUGAAGGAAAUGGUCCUAAUAGUUUUGAAGGGCUGGAAAGAAAGGAACAACACAAGAAGGGGAAAAGCCUUGUUAGAUCAGAGAGUGCCAGGACCUUGAGGAGAAUCCCAUCAUCUCCAUCUUUGCUUCUAGGGAUGAGAAAAGGUGUGGACCGCAUUCGGAAGAUCUUGCAGUGAUGAGGAUCUUGCACCAGCAAACAGUUUCAUCAAAACUAUCAAGAAAGUUUGAAAUUAUGAAUCAAUGGGAAUUUCAGGCACUGCAGCAGCCCAUGCAUAAUGCUGCACUUUAUUUAUUUCUUGAUCCUUUUACAAUUUGUGUGAGUGGUCUAGUUGAAUAAGUGAGUGAAAUUCAUCAAAAUCUAAACAAAAGAGAAAAAUAAGUGUGUAAAAUAUAGGCAUUAAUUAUUCUAUUGUUUGGUUUGUGCAUAAAGAUUCUUUAAGUUGUCAAAUACUGUUAAGUGAUAACAGCUUGUUGUUGUUGCUACAGGCAUUAGGUUUCUCUUUCCUGCUAGUUUGUGCUAAAUAUUUGUAAGUUAUCUCAUCUGAUAUUGCAAUGUCUGUUUUGUGCUAAAAACAA